AUUGAGACCAGCUCAAAAGACACGGCUUCCUUUGCGUUACACUAAUAUUCUCCUCCUUUGUCUCUGCAAUCAUUCUUCUUCUCUGAGCUGUAACACAAGAACAAAAAAACAAAGAAAGACUCUCUCCAAGUCUCGCCGGCUUCCAUGGAAGAUUACGGCCGUCAACGACCGUACGGAGACGGAGGGAUGCAGAUCCAGCCUUACCACGGUGCUCCGGGAGCCGGCGAUUUCAGGAGUUACAGCGCUUCGUACGCGACGGCGACGGAGAACAAUAUAUACGAUCUGAAAAAGGGGAAAUCGAUAGCGAGAUCGAAAUCGUGGGGAAUAACGGACCCGGAGCUCCAGAGGAAGAAACGGGUCGCGAGUUACAAGAUGUAUAGUGUUGAAGGCAAAGUCAAAGGCUCUUUUAGAAAAAGCUUCAGAUGGCUUAAGCAGAGGUACACGCAGGUCGUCUAUGGUUGGUGGUGAAAGUUUUCUCCUUUUUUUUUGUCUCUUCUUGAGCUUUGGAUCUUCUUCUAUUUUUGAUUUCCUCAAGUAAUUAUGAUCUGUAUUGUCUCUCUUUCUCUUAUAUAUCUCUGUGUGUUGUAAUCUUGAAUGUAACUGUGCUGGCUGCAUUUCCACAAAUCAUAUAUGAUCAUUUAGUUUCGCAAAGUAAAAAACCUUUGGAUAGA